CAUAAAUAAAAAAAAAAAAAUAUAGUUCAAAAAUGUUUAUGCCAGAAUUGGACAGAUCGCUAACAAAUUCAGCAUGUCCUGCAGGAUACAGGAGAUGGAAGGAAUCUCUGAAGAAUACAGAACGUCUGCAGAGAGUGUCCAGCACGAUGGAUCCACGACUUGAUCAACUGGUCGUGUAUACCUCCGUAAUGGAGCAUCUAUUGCAACAGAAGCUUCAUUAUGAGCAGGAACGUGACAUGGAACUGAUUCGCUUGGAGCGUUUCAAACGCGAAGGCGCCAAGGAUUAUCGCAUUAAGAUACAGAAGCGAGUGGUACAAAAAGUACAGGGUAUGCUACCCGACAUUGUCUUUAAAAUGCGUAACGAGUACGACAAGUUUGAGAGAUUUUUGCACAGUGAACAUUCCAUUAAGCAACUUGAUGUGGAACUCUACGAUAAGGCUUGCAAAUUGAUAUACGCCUGUCGAGAGACGCUCAAACAGACGUUUUAGAAAAAAAGCCCUACAAAACUGCAGGGUAUUUGACAACCAGCCAUAUGGAUAAGGUUUUCUUCGAAUCAAUUCAAAGUGCAUGAAUUUCCUAAACUGUUGAUCGACUUACCUGCUUUAAAUGAUUCUUCAGUAUGGUACCCUCCGGUUCGGGUAAUGGAGGGAUCUCAUCGUAACCACCUGUGGGCGGUGUCAGUUUUGUCGAAUCCAAAUCCACCACCCAAAUGUCAUCGGGCAACCUACAGGACAAAUGCUUAAAAUGGAGAAAUGGGGCAAGGGAUUUUGGCACUAGCUUACCUAAAGUUCUUUUUGUAGAUGAGAAAGGAGGCGGGCACACCGAUGACAAAGGGCGUGGGAGCCAACAGUAGCUGCUCAGCACAGCUGAGGCAUGUGGGUAACAAUGGUAUCACUGGGAACAUGUACUCCAAUGGAUAGAGCAUUGUGACAAAUGCCAUUACCGACAUGGAUAAUGCAUUAUAAUCACGCGACUGAAAUAGCACCUUAUUCUCCAGUAUUAUCAAUGUCCAGACCUUCAGACAUGUCUCAACGCCAAGCAGCUCCAACGGCAAAUGCAGUGGGAAAUCAACCAACGAGAAUCUCGUAUGAUCCGGCAAUGCGAAUAGCAAAGGUUCAUGCACAGUGGGCGACAGCACCUCCACCUGCGGGCAAAAAAAAAAUAUAAUUAUUCAUAAAGUGCGUGUUGUCUCAACUCUGGAAUAAGCUUUAAACUUGAACUGCAAGUGGGAAAAUCACUGAUUUCUAUUUGUCAAUCCCUUUUAUCUUUCAACUUACUUAAGGUUUUUUCGUUUCCUUAUAAAAGCUAAAAGCGAUUGACAAAUGGAAAUUAUUGGGAAUCGUUUAGUGUGAAACUCGCAUUAGAAAUUAUAGAAAAUAAAGAUAAGAA